AGCUAUCACGGUAUCGGGACGGAGAGUUUAGCUUCAAGCGGCAAAAUACAUCAAUUUAUUUCGUUAUUGGCAGAAGAGAGAUACAUUUUUAUUCGGUUUCAGCUAUACGAGGACAGUUGGUACAAUGUCGCUGCCAUUCCUACCCGGAAACAGCUUCGACAGGAAGCUUGGACAAGAGAAAUUCCACAAGUCACACCAAUUUGACCAAAGUAACAAUGUCUCCAUGUGGGUCGGAGAAACCAAGUCGGGUAUCGGUGGUGAAAGGCUACUCGGACAGAAAGCCAAAGCUCAGCACAGUAAGAUUCCACAAGGACAGGGAAAUGCUGCACCGGCUUGGGUUGCAUUCGACAGACAGGUUCUACGCUUUGAUGCAUUCUUCCAAGAAGCGGUGCAUGAGAAGUCUGAGGAACAAUAUCGCAUCCGCAAAUGCAAGAUCUACUUGUAUCUUGAAGAUGACUCCAUACAAGUGAUUGAACCUCAGGUCAGCAACAGCGGCAUUCCUCAAGGUACACUCAUUAGACGCCACAGGAUUCCCCUCCCACCUCCGAACGACGACCAGUUCUACACCAUGGAACACUUUAACAUCGGUACAGAAAUCAUGCUGUAUGGACGCACCUUCAAGAUCACUGGGUGUGACCAGUUCACUUAUAACUUCCUAAGAAAGACGGGUGUCCGUGUGAAUCCACCAGAAACCAAAACUCCAGAUGACCCUUAUACCAACUUUAGAAAAGGGAUUGAUGAAUCCCAGCAGCCUCUUCGUCCUUACGAGAAAGUGGACACCCUCAAGCAGUUCUUGGAUCAUGACCGCCACGUCCUACGCUUCUACUGCUACUGGAACGACAAGGACAACAUGUUCGGCGAUUCUCGCGAGAUGAUCCUUCAUUACUUCCUGGCCGACGACACCAUGGAAGUUAAGGAAGUCAUCCCGGCUAACUCCGGGCGGGACGCAACGCCGAUGUUCUUGCGCAGAGCUCGCCUGCCGAUGAGUGGACCAGAGCCAUUGAGGCAGCCUGGUGAAGCGACGGGACGUACGGUGCUCAACGUCUUCGGACCCAUGGGUCAUGGAGGACGAUACAUCUUGGACAGUCUGAAGACUGGUGCAGUCCACACAGAAUACUACAAAGAAAAUGAUCUUAAGAUUGGCACAGAGAUCAACAUGUGGGGACGCAAACUGACUCUGUGUGACUGCGAUGACUUCACUAAGGAAUACUACCGCUCCAAGUAUGGUGUCUCCGCAUUCACACCACUGAAUUACAGGGGUGAGCCUUCACCAGGGAUGAAGCGCGAGUGGCCGCCAUACACUGGGUUCGGCUCUGAAGAAGAUUCCCUGUGUUCAUGCAUGGGACUCUUACCCAAGCCGCCAAGACGAGACUUCAUCAAGUUCAUGGAAAAGGACAGGCAUGGACUCGACAGCAACGUUCUUCGUUUUGUCUGCCGACUUGACACUACCAAGCCAAUUGAUAUCGACCGAAGGUUCAUUAUGUCGUACUUCCUUUCUGAUGACACUAUUUCUGUCUUUGAGCCUCCAGUGCGCAAUUCCGGCAUAAUCGGUGGCAAGUUCUUGGAGCGUAACCGUAUCAAGAAACCGAACCAGGAACGCUUCGGCACGGAGCUCUCUGAGUAUUACCUCGCCAAAGAGCUGUACGUUGGUAGUCGAGUCAACUUCCACAAUCACAUGUUUAUCUUGAUUGACGCUGAUGAGUAUGCAUUCCGCUACAUGGAGAAACACGCUGGAGAGAUGCCCGUUUCUGACAUCAAUCUGAUCGUUCAGAAGUUGGGCCAGAUUGCAUCACGGAACAUGGAACAAAUUAAAGAGUUCUUCAAGAGAAAUGACCCAGAGGGAACUGGUAAACUGGAGUACGAUUUGUUCAGAAACCUGAUGGUGCAACUUGGUGGUUCAAACCUGAGCGAGCAUGAGAUCAUGACAGUGGCUCGUUACUACAGUGACAGCCAGGAUGAGAAGAUGCCCCUCGAAGGCUUGGUCUCCGUCGUCCAAGAACAACUUCGUCGAAGCAACUUUGAAAACUUUGCUAAGCUGGUCGAGGGCUUGUCGUCAUACGAUACAGACAGGUCUGGAUUUGUGGAUGUUGAGCUCGUAAGAAAGACUUGCCGGGCCUUCCAUCUGCCUUUGCCCGACGACUUGGUCAGAGCUUUGCUGUUCAGAAUGGAGAAAAAUGCCGAAGGCAAAGUCAAUUAUGUGAUGUUUGUUGGGUUCCUUAACUGGAGAGAUAAUGCCGUUACCCUACCCCAGUACGCCCCUCCCCCAACCAAGAUUGACGAGGCUUGGACAGGAUCGGAGAAGAGGGACAGUGUACUACGAGUGAACUACGCUGCACUGUUGAACACAUUAUUCCCGGAUCAGUCUUAGAGUGAGUGAACGUGGACAU